GUGUGAGGAUGAGGGAAGAGGAGCUGAGAGUCGCCUCGGGGUCAAAAGAUCAGAGAGGGGGGAAAAAAACUUGAGUUGAAAAGAGACAGAGUCAGAAACUCAAGGCCAAGGUCUCCCCACCCCUCACACACACACGCACACACACACACACACAGGUGUCGUCCCUCCCUGCAGGCAGAGCUUCACUGAUGAGAAGGUUUAUAAUUUGAGAGCAGCGGUCAGGAAAAAUGUGAAGCAUCCAUCAUGAGUGAUAACAGACGGGAUGUUGGACACUAAGUAUGAUGAAGGAAACCUCAACAGGAAAGAGCAAAUAUGUCCCUGCAAGGGUUACUUUACCCACAAUUCAUUCACGAGUCAUUUGAUUAGCCUUUCUCACCUCAACAGACCAAUAUGACACUGAUAGCUGAAUUAUAAACUAACAUGGUAAAUAAUCCAGUAUAACUUUGGUGAUAGUAGUUAUGAUCAUCUAAACAUGAGCCAAGACGCUGAUAUGAAAUUAAUAAAUUACCAUGGGAAAAAGAGGCCAGAUUCCCCUCUUGUGACCUGAGCCCUGAUUUCCUGGUGGUUCUUCAGUCCUGAGGUCAGACUAAAGGUUUUAGCUUCGACAACAACCAAAUCUGCAGGAAAGUCAGCCCUGAAAAUCGAUUCGACAAUCAAGGACACAACUGGGACACCAAACAGACACCCCUUGAGAGAUGGAUGUUGCCGACCGCUUGCUUCUCUAGUUAUACCAACUUUAGUAACGACCGCAGGAUAGCAAUACACAGCAAUACACAUUAAUGAUCAUAAAUGUUCCUCCUUGAGCUGCGUCACCCCGCUGUAGUCCGUAAUGGACUGGCCCGAGGUCUCGCUACAAACAAGCGGCUGCUGGAAGAGAGUAGGUGAGUUGUGUUUAGUCUCUUUGCUAAAGAAAUCAGGCAAAGUUAAAAAGAUGUUUGGUGGUUAGUGCUAUCGCUGUAACCCUAUAUGUACUGUUGAUGAAGUUAGGUGUGUUCUGAGCAUUAUUUGUGGCUAUAGAGUGGCGUUUUGGUUCAGGUUUGUUUAUAGCUCCUCAGACUGCUGUGUAUUGCUAUCAUGCGGUCAUUACUAAAGUUGGUUUAACUAGAGAAGCAAGUGUUCAGCAACAUUCAUCUCUCAAAAGGGUGUCUAACUCGGUGUUACGGUGUGUUUGACCCUAAAUUAAUUUCACGCCGGAAUAUCCCUUUAAGUCUCUGAUUUUUCACAUUAUUUGUGUGUGGAGAUAAUCUGGAGGAUAUGAGAUUUUUCCAGUAAAGCAGAGACAGUUUUGCCAAAUGAAAAGUGCAACAAAGAAGAGACAUGUCUUCAACCUGGUCAGUCCCACAAAGAGUUUUACUAGGUUUCUAAAAUAUGUGUGAAAAGUCAUGCAUGGAUUCAGUUUUGGGAGAUUUUACAUUUAAUCCUUAAUUAUAUUCACACUUAAUACUUUCUUUUAGAUUCAUAGGCACAUAAAAUGCACAAAACAGCACAGGGAGAGCAAAAACACUAAUACAAUAGCAGCAGUCCAAACCUUCACUGUGAUAAGGAGGAUGAAAAUUGUUUAAAUUAAUAUAGUUUGUUACUGUAAGACAUGAAAUGCUGUUUUUUUAAGUUUAAAAAGGAAUCAGUGAAGGAAAAGUUCAGAUAUUUUAGAUGUAGCACAGCCGAGCAGUGCACCUUGCACACAUAAGGUUGUGUUUUUUCAGCCAAAGCUUCAGCUCACACUCCACGCCCAUAACGUGUGUGCAGAGGCGGAGGAAGUCCACUCCGUGAACAGACGUACCAACACUCCUCCACGACGUACAGGGGACGCGCGUAAAAGCAACUGAGCUGCUCCGUCUGAACGACAACAUUCAACUCCCCCAGAGUGGAGCUGCCGGGACUUUCCCCUCGUCCUGUUUGAUGCGGGUCUUUGUCUUUAAGGUCAGGUACAUCUGGGCUUUGUUUCCUUGUAGCGACACGGGGGUGUGUUUCCUAUGAUGCUCGGACUUCACAAGAGUGUUUGCUCCACGCUUUGGAUCCACAAUGUGAGGAUUAGUGUCGGUAGAAACAAGGACGCUGCGUAAAGGAGAAGCUGAGCUUUUCGGUGUGUCCAGUGAAGCUUGUGUCAGUCCAGACUAAAGGAACGGGAUGGGGCCGACAUCUGCACUGAUUCUCAUCGCUUUGUUGGGUAAGAAACUUUUACAUGCAUCGACUUUUGUCCUUUUUGUGCAGCAGGAAAGGAAGUUUGUGUUUUCAAAGUGGACAAAAGAUGGAAAACAAGAUUCCUGCAGUCAGUAAAAGACAUUUUUAUCCCCACACUUGAGCCCCAAAUCCUCAAUUUGAAACUUUGGAUUUGGAGACUCUUUCCUUUGCACACCUGUUAACCAUCUCGCAUGUGUGUGUUUGUGUCUCCCUGUCCACCAGGGUUAAUAAGAAUGACAAAGUUGUCCCUCAUGCCUUGGUGAUGAACAUAUUUGAAGGCUAAAAGCCAAUAAAAAUCUCCCUCCAGGGCUGCCGGACAGAUGAAAGUGCUUUAAGAGUUAAGAGCCACUUAAAAACAUCCAUUCCUGCUCAAACCCCUGUCUGAGCAGCAGAGGAUUAUGGGACUGCAGUUGACUCGGUCCAUCUGUUGUCAGAGAUAGUUGAAGGAAACACUUGGCUGUGACUUCAAAUGAGCGGGUUGAGAUAAGACGAUAUUUUGGGGAUGAUGUACUCUUGAGUGAGUCUAACGUUCAAUUAGGAGGUGUGUUAUUGCAGCUUUUCUUAGUGCCAAUGAAAGUGAGCUGUCAGCUUUGAUUAGUGUGUGAUGUGAGUUUACAAAGGAGGGUGAAAACCUCAGCAGACUGAUCUUCUCCAAAAGCAAGAGGGUGAGAGAGCUUUGUGUGCUCGAUAUGGUUUUUCUGAGACGAUGCCGAUAGUAGAAAUCAAUACCAACCUGCUCUUGAUGGCCAAUACUGAAAAAAGGACCCAACUUUUGUUUUCUUGAAGUUCUUUAAAGGGAUUAUUAGAUAAGAUAGAUUGAAACGCAGACAGAAGUCUCGCAGUUGAGGGUUGUAGCAGCAAAGACAAGCAACCGCAACCUCCACACAUCGACCAAACUCAGUCAAACUAGCGCCCUUAAAAAGUGGAUUUAGUGAGCGAGGACACUCACCCUUCACCCUUCAUCUUGUUAAAUCGACUGCAUCUUGAUGAAUAAUAGAAUACUCUAUAAAAGGCUUUAUUGAUCCAAUAUUGUGGAUCCCCUAAGCUGAGGAGUGUGCAUGAGUGCCGGCUCAUCCUGCAGCUCUUUCUGUCCCUUUUUUUCUUCUUUGUGGUGAAGUUGGAGCCAAAGCUGUUUGUGGGUCUGCUUCACAAGUUUCAGUUUUACCAGCAUGUGCAGGAGCAGAGUGUAAAAGACUGUAUUCAUGUGACUGAUAGUGAUGUGAGAAACCUUCAAGACAAACAUCAAGGAAUGACCAACUGUAGGUGUCAAUAUAAGCUCAGUCCGUGCUGUAGACAUACUAGCGUCAAACUCCUGCCCACUCCUCUGCCAAAAGAGACUUCAAUUUUGCUGAUACGUCACCGCCAAAGGGCCAAAAACCAAGUUUUGUAACUGCAAAGGUGUACGUCAAAAUAACUCAGUAUCGUGGGAAACAAUUUGAGGAAUUUUGACAAAUUGCAGCCAGAGAAAGAGAAGAGAGGGAGGUCACGAGUUCAGACAUAAAACAACAGCAGAGAGAAGAGGAACGAAGGAUGCUAACCAUCAAAUGUGUUUGCUGCUUCAUCCAGUGAUGGGAACAGAAGUCAGAGGUGUUUUAAAUAUAGGAACAGAUGAACAGAAUGAACCGGUGAUGAAGUCUGUUUAGUAACUUCUCCACUUCUGUAUCACGUAGUUUUUCCCGUCUGAUGGGGUUUGAUGUUUAAAUAUCUGUAUUUAUGGACUACUUUAAAGACUUAUUUGACUUAAAAUCCACGCUUCAAAUCCACUCUUUCUCUUAACUAAAAUAACCGUAAAUAUAUUCCUGUUAUUAUAGGAGCGUAUAUUAGUGCAUUAAGAUAUUUAAUCAUUUGUCUUCAAGCUUCAAUCAGUUGGUCCAUCAGUUCGCACUUCAUUUUCCUGCAUUGUCUUCAUUAGUUUUUAAUGUUGUUUUUUAUCUGAGCAAAACCGUCAUGAUCCUCAGAUGUCGAGUCAUUCAGUUCUGUAACUUUUGAUUUACCGAAAGUAGCAUAAACUUUUAAAUAAAAGCAUAUUUUUACGGUGUAGGAAACUGAAACUUGAGACGGAAUAAAAACCAAAAUAAAGACAAGAUAAAAUCGGUCCAUACCUCACCUUGUUUUUUAAUGUCAAGUUGUCAGAAAACAGGAUAAUGCCGUUAUUGUGAUAUGUAAUCGCCACAGCACUUGUGAGGUGAAAAUGUGAUACCGUGACGUCAUUCAAAACAAAAAACAGUCCUUUUACUCUCGCCUUAACUUUGAGUUUGAAACUUUUUUCCAAAUUCUACCUUUUAGACUGUAAAAAAGACAAAUACUGGGUCAUUAUACUCUUUAUAAAACCUGCUAGAACAUCGUCUUUGUGAGUGUACCCGCAAUCUGACAUGGCACGUCUGUAAAGAGAGUUUGAGGGAUUUCCUUUAAAGAUGAAGUUAUUGGUUUUACCUUUUAUUGAUAGGACAGGUAUAGUGUCUGCGUUAGGUGGAGCCUUCUCUUCUGACUGACCAGCGCUGUGGAUGUUUGAGUCUCUGUGUAAAAGGACAUUUGUUGUUUGGAUAUGACAGCCUCAUUUCUGCCCUUUCUCUGUUGAUGUUAGCAUCACUGCUUGAGUGAUCUUGAGCAGCCGGCGUAGAUGUAGACUGUCGUUACCUGCCAAAGACAAUAUUUUCUAUUCAGUUACAAAGUCAAAGUGAUAUUCUAGCCUGUGUGAACUAACUCACUUUUUUCUCUUUAUAUUUGAUCUAUUGGAGAUGAAAGUCUCUCAUAAUAAUUAAAACAAGCGUCAUCUCCCUCCUUUAACCUUUACUACUGUAUUUACCUCUCACCUCUAGAUCUAAAGUUUAGGUCCCUCAGUGUCGAAGUUAUUCUCACUCCCCCCUGAAGUCCACAUGUAAAGACAACAUUCAGCACAGUCCUUUCUCCGCUCUCUGCUUCAGCACUUCUGGAUUUUUCUCUUCCCAUAAACGAUGUGGAGCCUCUCUGCUUGUCCGGGGUCCCGGUGCUGUGACCUCACUGGUGGGAGUGGGCCAACUGGAAAUGUUCAGUGUGGUUCAGGGCUCUGGGAGUUUUGUGGGUGCUUUGAUUUAGAUAGAGAGCAGCAGUUUGGGAACACAGCGGCGGAGAUGAGGGACGGGAGAGGGUUUGAGUCCAGCCGCUCUGAUUGUUUUAAUGAAAGCCCAGUUUUUUUUAAAAGACAGAAACGAGUUCAUUACUGAACGACUCUUCCUCUUAAAGACGACUCCAACAAACAGGCUACACAUAAAAUCUUAUAAUCAUCCCCUCGUUUAUUUCCAUGUCAGCCUGUUUUCCAUUUGGUGUUCUUGUUUGGCUCUGAUGGAAGAAAACUCUCCAGAAAACCGUCUGUAACUGAGUUUAAAAUGACUCUAAAUGAAAACCUUGUUUAUAUUUUUUCUUUAUUCUCUAAAAGACAAAUCUGCGGGUGGACGUAGCUGACUCUGGAUCAGGUGUGUUGCUGCUUCACCGUCAAACAUCAGCUACCAAACAUGUCAUUUACCAACACCUGCAGCCAAAACCACACAGUAAAAUGCACGCCCGACAAGUGUUUUUCUGUAAUUUGCUGUAAACUAUCCACUCAUUGAGGAGUAGAUCUGCUUUCUUUUUACAUUUCACAUGGUUUUGAGCGAGAUCUAAGUGAGAAGGUUCCUGGUUUAUUUUAAAGCUGGGAAGCUUCAGAGUAAAUUCCUAAAAUGCUCCAUGUAUUUCUCAAGAUCUCCAUUUAUAAUCACUGCUGGCAGGAGUUUAACAUUACCCAGAAUUCACAGGAGGCUGCAGCACGAUGCGAGGAGGUAAUUAAUCAUUAACUUCUCAUAGUGACUGGAUAAUAUCUCCUGUCUGGUGUAAAUUAGCUUUUUUUUUUUGUGGUGUUUUCUGCAGCACUGUGACACCAUUUUUUCAUGAAUUUUCUGUUUUCUCAGCUCCUCUUAUCUCCCUUUUUAAAGUUAUUUCCAUUAACUGUUUAUAUAAAAAAAAAAACACACAAAUGGUUUCUAACAAGGAGUUUUGAAAGACAUUUAUGGUCAUCACCAAGUUGGAAAUGCUGACUCCUUCUAACUUUAAUCAAAGAGGUGAAGCGCAGGUAGAUAUGGGAAACAAUUAGAUGCAUUUCCACUCUCAAAAGGAGGAAAAGUUACCCAAAUAGACGAGCCAUGCUGUCCUGAUGUUGGGGUAUCAGGCCAAACCUAAACUGCAACAACUGGAAUUUAAACUUUAUUUGAUCAGUAAAUGCGUAUACUUUAAGUAUUGUAAGUCUGUUUUAUAUACAUUUUCAUUCAUAUCAGUGAAUGCUUUCAUAUAUGGCUAUCAGGAGUUUAUAGUCAGCUGCUUAAUUCACACAGACACCAGCGGAGCAGUGGGAGGGGCACAGAAAUGGCUGCAAAGAAAGAGAGAGAUCAUAACCUGAUUUUAUAAAAUAGCCAACAUGCAGCAAACAAGACAAAUGACGAUCUAUUUUUUCAGCUGAAUGUCACCACAGGCUUGAUUAAAGAGCUUUGCCCUAGACAGAAUUUCAAAAUAAAAGCAUUGUUUAAAAAAAAUCAAUGGGAGUCUUUCCACAGUAACAGUGUGGAUAUGGCUUUUAUUUUGAAAAGCAUUCUAGAAGUCCAGCAAUGGUAUGUUUUUCAUGCAGGUAAACAGAAAGCAAACACAGACCUCAUCUUAUUAUUUUUCUAUGUGUAUUUUUGGCCGAAUUGGAGGAAUUGGACAAGAGUGGUCUGCUUAAUAUGUUAGCAUGCACGCCAAAAAUCUGAGGUUCUGAGUUCUGAGGACACGCAUCAGGAUACACUUAGGAACGGAAACUUCAGCUAAAUUAAGGAUAACUUCACCAAACUGUGCUGGACUUAACAGGACAGCAUGGUAGAAGGGACCAUUAGCCUCCGAGUAGGGCUGGAUGAAUAAAAGUUGGUUUUGGAUGUGUGUAGGUUGGCUAUGGUCUCAUGUCACUUUAAGAGGCUGUCCUACGUCAGAGACAAAGAGGGAAAGACAGGUGAGGAGAUGGAGGACGGUUCAAAAGUAGACAAAGUUAAUGUGGGAGGGGGUGAGCAGCUUGUGGAGUAGUUAUCGUCCAUUUAUCGUUAUCGAGGUGAACUGCUCAAUAUAUCGUGAUAUUGAUUUGAGGCCAUAUCACCCAGCCCUAUAUCAGAGCACUGUAUUUGUUCUAGUAGGUCAUGAAAAGGCGUCACUGCUAAUGUAAGUCUGUUUCAUACUCUGUUUAAAAACUCCUUACAAGACCUUUUAAAGAGCUUUGAAGACAGUCCACAGAGAAAUCUAUGACCAAAGUAGAAAACACAAAUAAUUUGCCGUGGAAAUCGUCGUUUCCUCACAUCGUUGCAAUAGCAUGAAAAUAUGGCGCAUGUGAGUUUCACCUGCUUUUAAACUUGAGGCUCUAUUUAAACAACGUAAACCUCACUGAGGUUAAAAACGUGUUUACAUUACAGACUCUGGUGCUUUUAUCCCUAAUCAUUAUAACAACAUGCUUAUGCAGCCACACUUUGCUUUGGGUCUGAGCGCAAGUGCAAAAACACCUCACACACACACACACAAAAACACACAUGCUCUCACACAUUACACAAAGCAAACUGUGAAGCCUCCUCUCUUUGAUUCCGGACGCGGCUUCAGCCAGGAGAGCGGCGUUACUAAACGCCACCAGCUGAGUCUGAGGAUCAGGUCUCCUCAGCGUCCACUGUUUCCACUGAGCUGGAGCUGUGAUGUGCUGCUUUACUCACAAGCCCGGGCUCACACUUACGCUUGGGUGUAAAACAACUGGAUGAAGUUUGGCUCUCCACGGAGCUUUUGGCUUCUUUUAAUCACAUGUUUUUUUCCUCCUCCCUCCGUGUGUUCCUGGGUUCAAAUUAAAAGCACACAGGCGACCGCAGAGGCAUUCCAGGGCGUUAAACGAUAUUACCAGGCAAGUCGGGUCUGAUAGAAAGAAUUUGAAGCAAAGUCUUCAUAUUUCAAGGUAGAUUUUGAUGAUAUUAGAGUAUUAUAUGGAAAAAAUCCCUGCUGGAAUGUGAGCUUCAAGGCUUUUUAUUUGGCUGCGGGCUUUGAAAAUGCUUUCAUUUCCGAUAUUUUAUCCCCUUAAGCUCAGACGAUUGUUGAAGGUAUUGUUGUUUCAUAUGGUGCGUCGAGGUUUACGCGGACAGGGUGGGAACUUAGAGAUUUCAAAUGUCAAUACUGCUUGUGUCGUUUCAUCUUUGGUUUACAGCUCGAUUUCAGGGUUUGCAGAAAUCCAGUUACCAACUUAAGCUUUGACUCUUCAUCACAUGUUCAGCUUCUAUUAACCCUGAAAGAGUCCACUCAGACCAGGUGUUGCAGGUCACCGAUAAAGCCCUGUAAUCCCCCGGGUGAUGACAUGAGUUAAAAUGACUCAAUAAAACCUUGUAAGCUCUUCAAAGAGGCCCGGAUGAUUGAAUAAGCAGAGCGAAAACAUGAGAGGGAAACUUCAAACUAACAAGAUAACUUCUUCGUCUUUUUGAUCUCGGUCUAAUUAACUUCCUUAUUGCUUUCCCUAAAAGCUUUUGUGCUUCGUUUUAUGAGGGUGAAAAGAUCUAAAAGGAAAAAUCUCCGUCAGAAUAAACUUAUUUCUCAGCGGUUUACCAAACAACUCGACCUCAAUGAGGCAAAUAUAUGUGGUUUGAAACAUCCUCAAAUGGCCACAGUGCAUCUAUUAUGUGUUUAAACCCAAAGAACUCACUCACAAGACAUAAAACAUGAUCAUAUCCUCGAAGUCUGACAUUUUUUUCUGAUUAUUAAGCCCCAAAAGAAGAAAAAAAAUCACAACUCUCAUUAAAGUUUAACAUUUGGGGUCUUGGGGUUUUUUCCUCUGCAGGCUUGGCUGAAGGUUCGUCCCUCCACCACUCGGACGAUCGGUCCAGCCGGCUCUCCUUGGAGAAAACCUUCGGCCGGCUGGUCAAAGACUCUCAGUGUCAGCACAUGUUGAAGCACCUGCACAAUGGAGCCAGAAUCACCGUGCAGAUGCCUCCAAACGUGGAGGGACACUGGGUUUCCACCAGGUAAGCAAAUAAAGUCCUACACCUCCUGUGAGGAAAAGCGAAGGCAAAAUGAAGUGCAAAUAACUGCAGUUCCUAAAGUGUCCACUAAAGGGCAGACUUUGAAUCUGUUUUCUGUUGCAGCUGUGAGGUGAGACCAGGUCCGGAGUUCCUGACACGCUCCUACAUUUUCUACUCCAACAACACCUUCCAGGCUUACCAGUUCUACUACGAGGACAACCACUGCACCAGAUCCACCUACACGCUGGUGAUCCGGGGCCGCCUGCGCCUGCGUCAGGCCUCCUGGAUCAUCCGCGGGGGAACAGAGGCGGAGUACCACCUCCACAGAGUCCAGAUGGUUUGUCACACGGCCACGGUGGCCAAAGAGCUCAGCCAGAGACUGAACCGAAGCUGCAGAGGAGCCGUGAAGGGCCCCUGGGAGCCCAACGUGAUCCACGAGCUGUGGAGCGAGGAGGGCGGCUACGACUGCUCCAGAGAACUCAACUUCACCAUGCACGAGCUGCAGCUGCUGCGGGUGGAGAAGCAGUACCUGCACCACAACCUGGACCACCUUGUAGAGGAGCUGUUUCUGGGGGACAUUCACACCGAGCCGUCACAGAGGCUGUACUACAAGCCGUCCAGCUACCAGACCGCCCUGCAAAACGCCAAGGUAAGUCCUCCAUGAGCCUCAGUCAGUUAGAGGGAUGAUGGGAAAAGUCGUCCUGGAGCUCAGACUGAUUUUCACAGCACUUGAAGUUUAGAGGGAAGCUGGCAGGUCAAAGAAUCUUUUAGAUUUUAAACCUACACCAAGUUGACUAAAUUAUGACCUGGUUACUAUGACAACAAGACAGACUCUGGGUUGGGAAAAGUCUCUCACCUGGGAUUUCCAUCGCAUCCGGAACGGCUGUGAUUUUCGGUGUACGCCAAUUCCUACCGGAUCCGUUUGUGAGGUGAAUUUCUUGGCGGAUAACGGACAGCAGGAAUCGUGAAAACUCGCAAGAACCCGCAGAUUCACGUACAAUCGCACAAGUCGUCUUAAGCCACAGAGGCUAACCAUAUAAGCAGUAGAUUGUGUCCUUCCAGAGGAGGAAAUCUACUUCUAGACUAAUAAAAUCAACAUCCUCUCAUCUAUGGUGUCAUCAGGGUGAAAUUCUGUCUAUAAACAUUUCACUUGUUUGUCCCCGCCCAUUUGCGUGGUGUGAAAUAUAAUCCGCCUGAAACACGGAGUGUUUUAUUUUGAAAAGAAGCCGGAUGUUUUAUUUUGUGUCUGUGCCCGACUUCCUUUCCAGCACGGGUUAAUCUGUGCUGAAUUUAUCCGGCAUGCUCUGGUGUCCGGAAAAAAUAGAACUCUUGCUAUCAGCUGAGGAGUCCAGCGAUCCGCAGCGGAACGGAAAGAAUCCGGUGGAAAAUAGACACUUUAACUUGAAUGGUUACGAAAGUUUUCCCAUCCAGUAUUUGUAGAUAUUGAAUAAACGUCUUCUCAUAAACUACAUAUUACUGUAAAAUCUGUAACUAUUCCAAGAUUUGAUUCACAUUCACUUACAUUUUGAGUUGAACCUCGUAUAAAUCUUGCUAAAAUGAUUGUAUUACAGAGCGCUCUGGUCACCAAAGGAGAAAUGAGUCCAUAUUUGGAUGCUGUGGAUGAUUUAGUUAGCCGCAGAUUCCUGUCAUCUAUGAAUCAGGUAUAUUCUUGUUUGGAGGUCUGACUACCUCCAUCAUCAGAGCUCCUGACUGCCUGUGUUUGCCGUUUUUGUCCUUCUGUGGUGAGAGCUCAUAAACCUUCUUGUUGACUUCACACAGCCCAUAAACUAAAACGUCGAGUUCAUGAUUCAUGAUAAUUUUCUUUCAGAAAAGAAAACAUUAAAAUGAAUCUUUGCACAUUGAAGUAACCGUUGGAAAGAAACACUGUCAGUCAUUUCUGUCCUUAAAUAACCCAUAAAAUAGAGUAUUUGUAGAAACUAUGACAUAAAAAUUGGUUUUCAAACAUACUUAAGUUGGAAAACUGUCCUUUGGCUGGUUGAAAUGAGGUCUUGUGGACAUUUAGAGCUGAUUUCAUCCUGUUUUCGCCAAAUUCAAUAUCAUAAUCUCGAUUAGUGAUCCCAGGAACGGGAAAGCAGACUAAAGUUUAAUUCCAGUCAGAACAUAAGAGGCCCAUUUCCCUUGAGAGUAAGUGUAAUAUUUAGAUCUGCAGAAUCCUUUGUUAGUCAGUUCAUGGUUUUCCAGGAAUCAAACACUCUAACAUUCACCCUGCGGUUCCUAGCUCAUGUUGGCAAUGCUGCAGGAAGGAGGAUUUACUGUUUUCUCACUACAGCUGUCGGAGCUUAAAGGUUGAAUCUCCUGUAGCUUUGGAAGUGUUGCAGACACACCCACCUUUGGGAGGCGCUAUAUCAUAACUUGGAUGAAUUCCUCUGGGAUGCGCUCACAUUGUUUGUGUGAGCUGGAAUGCAUGACCAGGAGGGAGGUGAAGUUUUGUUCUCUGAGCACGAAGCUCUCUGCAGGACCUCUGCUGAACCCCACCAGCGCCGUGUCUUUGGCGACCAUACGGCCAAAGACCACACACUAAAAACAGCAAGACCCGACUGUAGGAACAGAGAUACUGUGUUCAAGCUUAUCUGGAGCAUGCACAGCUGUGAGAAGGUCAAAGAGAAUCUGAAAUAAAGUCGUUACAUAUCACUAGAGGUGGAUGGCGAAUGCUGCGGCGUUGAAUUAUUGCGAUUAUAAUCUGAAACAUUUGGAGCUUUAAAUCACCUGUCAGUCACAACAAACACUCAUAAAACCAUUCAGCGGUGUUUAAUCUUAAUCUGAUUUAGGAUCAGUGUGUUUGCCAGCUAUCUCGCCCUUUUGCACCCUAAACAUUUGCUCUUGCAGAAACCUGACACUGUGCACAUACAGAUUUCAUCUCUCAAAUGUAGCGUUAAGAAAGCGGCCUUUCUCUCCGCCGCUGUGCUCACAGAUGUAAUUUCUCUGUUGACUCUGCCGAGCAGCAGCUUCCCCGCGGAGCGAAACCCUAGAGUGAUGUUUUCACUGUCACCCUCCACAGAGAUUACAAUGAAAUCCCGCUCCGGUCUGCCGUCUAAAUAAACAUCCACGCACGCGGGGGGAGACGGGGCUCGGUGUUGCUGAUCAGAGUGUAAACAGAGGUUGGAGUUGUGAGCUGUGAUCUGACAUCUCCUCUGUGUCGUUUUAAUGACCAGAGCUGCUCUUUUAAAGCCCCUCUGGCUCGCCGAGCAGCAAUGUGAAACCCGGCCUAUAUCUGGGAGCCAUCAACAUGUGGUAUUCCUAGAAUUCGGAUUCAUGCGGUCGUAUGAAUUAUUCCAGAGAGCGCAUACCAGGUCUGAUUUCAUGCAUGCCUGAGGCUCAAAUCAAAGUGUUACAUGUGCUCGCCUUGGUAUUGUUCUGAGCGGAAAGAAAGGACAGCUCUGGAUGAGCUGUGUGAACUUGCAAACAACCCUCACAUAUGAUUACAGCUGUCCUUAAAGGGAUAUUCCGGCGUAAAACUAAGUUAGGGUCAAACACGCUGAGUUAGACACCCCUCGAGAGAUGAAUGUUGACGACCGCUUGCUUCUCUGGUUAUACCAACUUUAGUAACGACCGCACGAUAGCAAUACAGAGAGCCACGCGCUCAACCAAAACGCCACUCUAUAGCCACAAAUAAUGCUCAGAACAGCACCUAACUUCAUCAACAGUACGUACAGGGUCCCAGCAACAGUACUCGCCUCCAAACAGCUUUUUAACUUUGCCUAAUUUCUCUAGCAAAGAGACUAAAACACAACUCACCUCUUACGAGACCUCAGGCAAGUCCAUUACGGACAACAGCGGAGUUUCGCAGGUCAAGGAAGAACAUUUGUGAUCAUUUCUUCAUGGAAAUGCAAUCAGACCGUGACGCUAAGGUAGAAGAACUACCGCGUCUGCAGUGCAAAAUGAUUAAUAUGGUGAUUAUUACUUCAAGGAAAUGAUAAAUUAAUGAUCAUAAAUGUUCUUCCUUGAGCUGCGACACCCCGCUGCCGUCAAUUGACUCGCCUGAGGUCUCGCUACAAACAAACGGCUGCUGGAAGAGAGUAGGUGAGUUGUGUUUAGUCUCUUUGCGAAAGAAAUUAGGCAAAGUUAGAAAGAUGUUUUGUGGACAGUACUAUCACUGGGACCCUAUAUCUCCUGUUGAUGAAGUUAGGUGCUGUUCUGAGCAUUUUUUGUGGCUAUAGAGUGGCGUUUUAGUUGAAGUUUGUUUAUGGCUCCUCAGAGCGCUGUGUAUUGCUAUCCUGCCGUCGUUACUAAAGUUGGUGUAACUAGAGAAGCAAGCUGUCGGCAACAUUCAUCUCUCGAGGGGGUGUCUAACUUGGUGUUACGGUGUGUUUGACCCUAAAUUAAUUUUGCGCCAGAAUAUCCCUAUAAAGGCACAGUUCACCAUGUUUCAUUCUUUAUUUUCUCAUCAGAGUUGUUCAGACCAUGUUGACCAGUUUUAAAGCUUUGGUCAUACUCGGGCGCCGUUGGUCACUGGCUCUCCAAAAUGUCACAUUUAAAUUUGAUAUUUUUAUUGACAGUGUGGCAGAAAAUACCUCACUCCUUCCUACACGAAAAAGCGCCGAUUCCUACCACCUCCUGAGGUCGUCAUGGGUUCUUUUCAGGGCUUUUAUAUUGCCAGGGUGACUAUCCAAUCCAUUAAUCUUAAGCGUUUUACCCUGAGCUGGUCACGGUCCAGGACACUUACUGGUGCCAGCAUGUUCAUUUGUGGUCACUGGGUGGAUCUCGGCGGCGAUACGAGACCACAGCAGCAGACUUAGUUUUUAAAGGUUUGUUUCUCCUGUUUUCUCCGUUUUUCUGUUGCCUCGUUCGCUGUUGCGUCACAGAGGCGGACUUCAGACCACUUGAUAAUGGUCCUUGUUAGGAAGUGAUCUGUUUUUUAUGUUGUUGUUGUUGGUAAACUUGCUCUGUGGUCGUAAGGUUUUUAUAAGUUUCACUCACGCUGAGACUCAUUUGUGAGGUUGUUUUGUGUUUUUCUCAGUUUGUUUUAGGUUUUCAUUUAUUUUCUGGUUAAAGUACGCUUAAAACUCCACUUUACUGAUCUCUACAUCUGAAAACAUGGCUGUAAUGUCUCUGAAAUCAUCCAAACGUCUGUAAAGAUGGUGCUUUCUUCUCUCAUACAGGGUUAUCCCUAUAAAAAAACAAAUUAAAGAUGGCUGCCAUCCUUCUUGAUCUGCUGUGGUUUGGAUUCACUCAUUUCUACGUCACUUUAAGUACCACUACCUGCCAAAUGUGGCUGUAAAAAAUAAAAAUGGAUAACUGUAAUUUAUAUGAAUCGAGGGGAGUAAUAUCCUCCUCAUUUCCUGGUUUUCUCUGAAUCCAGUUCGAGUCUGAAAUGUUUUACUCCCCGCAUUAAAGCCAGCAGAUUUAUUGCAGCUCAAGCUCAUGCAGGUUUAAGAUAAUUGUUUGGCGAAACACACUUUAAGUGUGAGAGUAUUUUCUGUUUAUAGUCUCAUUUUAAAGGCUUGACCAUGUUUUACACAAACUGAGACUUUUUAAAACAGCAGCAGUACUUUCUUUUAACGGGUUUAAAGGCUCCUCUUUUUCAUCUCCACCUGAGUUAGAGCUCAGCUAUUUACUUAUUUUUCUAAACAGGGGAAGUUUUAACUUUUAAACUAUUUAAACUGAGAUCCAAACAUUAUUUUGAUCGUUAAUUACAAGUUUAGAGCCUGAAUAACGCUUCUGUAAGUGUGCUAAUGUUUGUAAAGCUGGCCUGAGGUCAGUCUGAAAUGGUUUGUGGUGAUUACGGCCUGAUUACAGUCUGACAUUUAUCACACUUUUAUUUCCUCUCUUCAGGGUGUGAUUUCCUCUGAGGAUCCUCAAGUCCAGUUGAUUUUCUCACUAAAACAUAUUUGAGCUUUUUAACAGAUUUUCCAGCCACCUCGUUCAGACACUGAUAAACAUGUUGACAUGCUCGUCUGAAUCACCUUCACUUAUUAACGUGCACUCAGAGCGGUGAACUUCUCAAGCAACAGAGAGAGUUUUUAGAUGUUUUUUUUAACCCUGGUUUCUGCCUGUCAGGCUCAUUUGCUCAGUCCUACGUAUGUCUGUUCACCCAAAAGGUUUUUUUUUUGCCCAAAAUACUCAACACUUUUUUUUUUAAUCCACUGAUAAUUGGUGGGAAAUGUCUUGACUUUAAAGUGACUCUUUUCAGAAGGACAGAUGUUUCAGGUGAGAAGACUUUUAGACCUCUCUUUUAUGAAGAUGAUGGUUUUGCUAAAUCUGGCAAUCCGGACAUUUCUUUGCUCUGCUGGUGUCAAAUCACUGACCUCUUUUUCUCUUAAUAACUGCCUCGGCUGUUUUUUUUCAGUGAAAUAUACAUGAAAUGUGAAGGAAAUGUUAAUAAACUAAUGAAUCUUAUUCCUCUUGUAACUAAUGAAGAAAUAAAUCAGAUCUUACAGUAUAGAUGAUAUAUUUUUUGUUUCUGUUCAUAUAAAGCACCAAAAAAAACUGUUAACUCAAUUGCAAUUCCCUUUCUGACCACUGGGUGGAGCUUUGGCAUAUGCUGCACAUCAGGUAGAGGCUUAUUGCAGUGAAGCAUGAGAACAAAAUGCUGUUUAAAUACUGUGCAGGCGAGGGUUGUACUUCAAGGUUUUUAGAUUUGUGUUUUAUUUUGCUUGAUGCACUUUUUUUUUGGGACUCGUGACCAAAUACUUGACAGACUUCCACCUGAUAAGUCUGUUAAGUUUCUCAAAUGGCACCUUUUUCAAGAAUUUGCCCAUCUUCAAAUGCAUGAAGGGUGAACACCGUCAGAUUGAGGACAUGCUCCUGGUUGUGGGAUUUCUGUUUUUGGCUCCCUCCAUCAGGCUGUGUGUGUUUUAUGAGCUUUAAGUUCCUGCAGAUCUGGAACAUGUUCUCCACACCUGCAUCAUAAACGCUCCCUCAUCCCGCCUCGUACUUUCUCCUCACCUCUUAUAUACGUAUGCUGAAACAUAUAUGCAUAUUUAUUUCUCUGCUCUCUGUAUUUAUUUCUCUUUCCUCCUUACACAUAUUUAUUCUCUCUCAGGGCACAAACGCUGCUCUAUGCUCUCAUCCACACAGAGCUGGAUUCACAGGAGGCCUCGCUCCAGUCGGCCCAUUAACCUCUCGCUCUGAGGCGGUUCUGGAGCUGCACUGGGAUUAUCUCACCCAGACGAUGGAGCGAUACCUUGUUUUUUUCCCUCUGCUUUGAGCAUUUUCUGCUUUUUCACUCCCCAUAAAUCUCCUGAGGACAGAGUGUUGUCUGGGAAAGGAGUGAUUGUGUCGGGGAGUUUGGGUCUUAAAUUUUGACCACCCUCAAAUAACAAAAACUCCACCGCCUCCCUGGAGUGUCUCAGACUUUUUGGAGGAGGUUUUGUGGAGCGCAGUGUGACUGCUUCCUGCGUUUCUCCUGCCAGAGAUCACAGCUGUCCCGUCUGUGGAUUCUCUGCUUGUCUACUGUAAAUGAUUAAUGGUCAUUUAGAUGGACAAAAACGAGAUUUGUACAUUUUUUAGGCUGAAUGAAAGACAUCCUGCUGUUGUUUGCAUGUGAAAUGAAAGGUUAUCUCGCCCCUCGCUGUGUGACAUCCUGUUGUCACGGCAGGACAUCUGUGUUUGACAAAGAAAUGAUGUGAUCAUCCAGAGAAAAUGCUGGAACUGUCUCCCAUAGCAGGGGUUCAGACUGAAGGAAACUGUUUCUCCUCCUUCAACUCUGAACAGACACCAGAGGUCCUUUAUUUGGAUUUUUAUGACGCAAUAUACAGAUGAUGGAUUGAAAAAGCUUUCAGCUCUGACAGAUUUUAUACAGUAAAAAAAAAAGUUUCCCUGGAACUUCAGUGUCGAUUUGUCAAAUAAUGAAUUUAGCUUGAACAGCUGAUUUUAUUGAGUCAGGAGCUGAGCACUUCACCUUUAAUAACUUACUUUAAAAUUAGAGUAAUAAUGUUCUCAAGUUUCAAUCAUCCAGUCAACAUAGAAAAAAAUAUUUCUAUGGAAAACUAAAAAGUACAUCUACUACAUACAUAAAUAGUUUCCGUUUUUACUGAAGAUACUUGAAUCUCCUGUUAGGAGUUUUAGCUGGUUAUGAAACAGAUGGAUUUUUGUCUCUUUAUGACCAAAAAAGUGUUUUAAAGGUCUGAUAUGUGACGCCAAUGGCCUGGCAGACCAAGUGGCUUCCAUCCAGCAUGUCACUUCCUGCUCUUUCCUAUCGUUUCCUGCCCCGCCCACCAUCCUCUUCUGUCAAAUAAGGGUCAAAAAGCCCCCCAAGAGUCUUUACAAAAGUUCCAUUUUAUCCCCAUUAGCAACAUGACCUAGAUAGGUUACCAACUUUAUUUUCCAUGCAGUUGAAAGUGGGCGGGGAUUCUGUCAAAGUGAGAUGCUGCACUGAUUGGUUGCUUGGAAGAUCUUUGGGGGGGGACAAACAUGGCGAGCUCUCCAGAAGAACCCUAAAACCUCGUACACAUGAUUCAGAAUUUGACGUCAAACAGAAGGAAGGAAAAAUGUGUUUGUUUUAUAUACAAAGUAUAAUAUGACGUUUAGGAUGCACAUGUUCAGAACAAGAUCAUUAAUUAUCACUUUGUCCACAAGGGGGCGCCCUGACAGGUCCUCAGAGGAGCUUAAAGAGUUCAAAUCAGACUUUUUACCGAGUGAUUUUCUCAUAUUGCGUGAAAAUUUGCCUUUGUCUGAUGCUGCAUGUUGAUAUAGAGUAACAAAGACUUUGAAAAGCUGUAGUAUAGUUAUAUUUAUUAGGGGAAGUAAGUCAGUUUUUAGAUUUCACAGAGUACGACUAUGAUGGAACGAUUAUUUUGUACUUUUUAAAGAGAAAAAAAAAAACAGAUUAGACCCGUGAACAUGAGAUCUCAUUUCCUCAAAAAUCAAGAACUUAAACUUUUCCUAAGAAAGGAGGUGAAAAGCAAAACUUGGAGAAGUUACAACUUCGAAAAACAAAAUCUCAUCAUGUUUUCUUUUUCGUUUCAGAACCAUGACCACGGCUGCAUCGCCUGUCGAAUCAUCCUCCGCUCCGACGAGUUCCACCCUCCCAUCCUGCCGCCGCGGGCCGACCUCACUGUGGGUUUGUACGGUCAGUGGGUGAGUCAGCGCUGUGAGGUUCGCCCUGAGGUCCUCUUCCUCACCCGCCACUUCAUCUUCCACGACAAAAACCACACCUGGGAGGGUCACUACUACCACUACUCUGACCCUGUCUGCAAACACCCGACCUUCACCAUCUACGCCCGCGGACGCUACAGCCGAGGACUCCACUCCACACAGGUCAUGGGCGGGACUGAGUUUGUCUUCAAAGGUAACUGGAUGUUAUAGUCAGUUAUCUGAAUGUUACAGCUGUUGUCCAAUGAAAGUCAACCAUUUUGAGCAUCUGAAUCAACUUUUGGUUUCUUUUUUAUUGUAUUCUGGACACAUCAAAGGUCAAGACUUAAAGAAGCUCUGGAUGGUGUAAAGUUUAAAGGUCCCCCUGUUUCUUCCCUCCUUUAGUGAACCACAUGAGAGUCACUCCCAUGGACUUGGCCACCACCUCCCUCCUCAAUGUCUUCAACGGUAACGAGUGCGGGGUUCAGGGCUCAUGGCAGAUCGGAGUGGAACAGGACGUCACAGUGACAAACGGCUGCGUGGCGUUGGGCAUCCGGCUCCCGCACACGGAGUACGAGCUCUUCAGGAUGGAACAGGACGCACAUGGACGCUACCUACUCUACAACGGCCAGCGCCCCAGUGACGGCUCCAGCCCCGACCGGCCCGAGAGGCGGGCCACCUCGUACCAGAUGCCGCUGGUUCAGUGUUCAGCGAACAGCCAGACGACUGACUUCAGCAGAGCGGACGGCAGCGACAGAACUCUGUCUCAACACAACGACUGCAGAGGACGGCACAGAGGCGGCCACAAACACGUCACGGUGGCUCUGGUCGCGUUCGUCAUGUGUUUGCUUCUCUGCUGGCAAAGCUAGAGAGAAGUUUUUUCACACCAAGACAAAAUAGUGUGGAUUUAAAAACUGAUCAGGGUGAACAAAAAGAUCAAACUUUAACCUCCUUGGAUGUGACAGAGGAGGAAAACUGGUGCCUCUACAUCUUCUAUCCAGACACCAAAGACCUGACCAUGCUGCACCACAGAAACUGCACUUUACAGUGGAACCAAAGACAGACCUGACUGUGUUUCCACAAAUAUACAAAGAUGUCAAUAUAUCAGACGGACCUGAGAGUAUGUUUUUAUACAGCGUAUUUACCUUCAACUAUCAAGUCAUUUCUUGGUACUGCAAAAAGACAAUGGACUCUUGAGGAAGAGCUCCCUGCAGGAGGAGAUGAGCGAGUGAGUGGACAGUCAGUGUUUACAGUUUAAGGGAACCAUUACGCCUUUAUUAGAAAUGACUUCAAUAAUUCCUUACAGUAAGAACUCAGCCUCAGCUAUGUUAUCUUUCUCACUUGUAGACUUUUACAGUUAUCUAAAUUUCAUUUCAAUCACAUUUCAGAUCAAUCACACCUGCUAUUUUUAACAUUAAACAACCAAGUUAACUUCACCGAACACUCUGAUGUAAAUCAACAUUAUAAAAACUAAACGCUUUGACAGAAAGUAUGUUUGAGAAAAGGUUAUUUGACACGUAUUUCAAUUUCCUAAUGUGACCCAUGUUCCAUCUGUCAACAUGGAGGGGGCAGGCUUUAAGAUCUAUCUGUGAGACCACGCCCACUUUUGAAUAAAAGCUGUCCAUCCAAAAUGUACAGUACUGGGGUAUUUGGCAUCUUGAAAUAAGUAAACUGUAAACUGUUUAACGGUUUUUGAAAGUGCAAAUCAAGAGGUCUGAGCAAGUCACGUUUUUCUAAUAAUAUUCAAAUUCAUGAUUGAUUAUUGGCCCCUGAAACUGAAGCUUCUCUGGAGAGGAAUAACUUCAGUGAACAAAUGUUUUAUUUUGAUAUCUCCUCCUGCAUAAAGGCUCCUAUAGUUCCUGUUUCAUUAUGCUUUUACUUUUAAGUUUCUACUUCUGGUGAAAGUUACAGAUUGAAAACAAUUAAAAGAUGGUCAAAAAGUGGCAGCCCCAGUUAAAAAAAACAGGCCCUAUAUACGGUUGCAUAACACAGUGAAAAGUGAAGUUUCAAGCAACAUAAACAGCACUCUUUUAAAACAGGAGCUGCUGCUGCCUCACUGGAUUCUUAAAGCCAUACUUGGUUAUUCAUGGAUUUCCACUCACAUCUUAUAUAUUUCUCAUUUUCAGAAGUGAGUACUGAAACCCAAAGUGCUGCUUUAAAUAUGAAUAGUGAAUGUUUGCUUCCUCUAAUAGAGCUAGAUUAAUGUGACAGCCUCUCAUCCUCGUCUCAAAGCAAUAAUGUCCCAUCAUAACUUUGAAGUUUUAAAUUACAGAUGAUCGUAAAAUUCUUGAAUUUAUGUUUUCCUUAUUCUGCGUUAAAUCUGGAUAUUCAAUAGCUUUCAAAUAAUAUAGUCUUCUCAAAACCCUGGAUCUAUUUCUGUCAAUCAAUGCAGAUGGACUGCUUUUACUCAAAAGAGGGCGGGGCCACAAUCUGAAGUCAAAGUUCCAGCCAAUCACCAGGGGGAGCUCUAAAAGAUGUGGCAGUUUCUCUGUACAUGGUCGUAUUUGAGAGAAAUUUGUGGACCGAAUCGUUUAGAUGAUGCUUGAAAUGUGUCAAAGUGAAAACAUCUGUGCAGGUACUUGAGUACUGUCUCUUAUUUUCUGUGUCCUACAUGGACGUGAAGGAUUUAAAGUUUGAGUACUAUGAGAAAACAGUUUAAUCCCAGCAGGACAAUUGAAAGAGAAACUUUUGGUAAUGUUUGUAUUUUAGACUGUAAAUUAACGAAACACUUCUUUAAGGUGUCUGAUGUACAAACUGGUGCUACAAAUGAAGCUCUGUCGUGUGACAGAAAACAGGAGACUCAGGUCCUAUCAGAAAUGUUGGUCAUUAUGAGGAAGAUUUUGCGGGGUUAAUUUGGUUUUUGUUGGCCUCCAGUUUGAGUCAGAGGUCUGACAUGAAUAACUGGAUAUUUGUGAGUGUAACUAAGCGCUGUAUAAAAGAAAACCUGUUUUCAGAUUAAGUCGUUUCUGGAAAGGCAAACUUUAAAUAUGGGAUCAGAUUUGGCUCUGAACUGAUGCCACCAUGCUUCAGUUCAUGGACCAGGAUCUGUUUAAAAACUUAUUUUACUUCUACCCGACUAAAACCUUCAAAUCAUCAUCUUACCAGUUUUUUUUUCUCCAGUCUGUCAUCGGUGAUGCAGAGUUCCUAAACCAAACAAACAUGUAAACAAUGAAAUCUCCAAGAAAUGUCUUUGUAACUGGAUAUAUGUAUGAGAUUAAAUCCUUGAUAGUCUUUA